AUGAGCUACUUUGCUGCCUCUCUACAUGUCUACAUUUAUGAGAAAGCGCGUCAGCCCUUCACCCUGACGCCUGAAAACAAUCUCUUGUCCCAAUUCUCUCCCUGCGUCGGAUCCACCCCUCGUGUCACCCAUGGCCUCUUCCUGAUACGAGCCAACAGCAGCAAACGUGGGUACCUACGAAACGGCCAGGACUGCUCUCAGGGCUUCUGCAGCAUCUACUGCCCUCAGUGGUGCUACGUCAUCUUCCCUCCCCCUCCUCCCUUCUCCUUCGUAGACGACGACGACGAGCACUGCUCUCAGGCGGCGGCCACCAUUCUCCCGCCCUCGUCAUCGCCAUCAUCGUACUGGGCGGCUUCCGUCGCCGGAGGCCACCCGCCGAUCAGCUCCCCUCGCCCUGGUGAUCCCGUCCCCGACGGUGACGCGACGCGGGCGAUCAGUCCCGUCGGCAGCGAGACGUGGCACAUCUCUCCGUCGAAUGGGCUCGACGAGGCCCUGAUCAGUAAGAUCUCGGUUUACAGGUACAGGAGAGGAGAGGGUGUGGUUGAUGGCACCGAUUGCUCUGUUUGCCUUGGUGAGUUUAGGGAGGAGGAGAGCCUCAGGUUGCUACCAAAAUGUAGCCAUGCUUUUCAUCUCCAAUGCAUUGAUACCUGGCUUAGGUCUCACUCGAAUUGCCCCCUUUGCCGUGCUAACAUCGUGUCGGUCAAUCCCGGACCACCCCAAUUGCCUCCUCCUCCUCCUCCUCCUCCUCUGCCGCCGUCGUCAGAGGGUAACAACGCAGGAGGGGAGCGAAGUGAGGAGACGAUCCUGACAAUUGAAGACUUAGGAGAGGAGACAAGUUCAGGGAGCGAUGAUGAUGGUUCGAAGGAAAAUUCAGGAGGGGAUCAUGAUGUAAUUGAGAUUCGAGACGAUGAAGAGGGUGGUGUUCAGGAGCCUUCGCGCAGGGGGAGGGUUUCGGUAGCUGAUAUACUGCAGCUGAGUAUGGAGGAGGAGUUUAUGGUGGCAAAGGAUGAAGGUGUGUUUGUUGACAGUGGAAGCUCGUCGAGGGGUCGAGGAGAGAACAGCGGCAAAGGCUGCAGCAGGAGCCGGAGCUUGCAUAGUGUGAUGAGUCCUGUGCGGAUGAAGAGAUCGGUAUCGAGCGGGAGGUUCCGAUUUGCCAGGCAAGGGAAAGUGAGGAGUUCAGUUCUUCCUGUAUGAGGAAAUACUUGAGAUUUUUUUUAUACAAAUAGAAAGCUGUGGUAUUCUCCGGAAAGGAGAAAAAAAGAACUGCAGGCAUUCUCCUCUGCAAUAGGUAAUAUGGGAUCCCUAAGAGCUUCUAUACACGAUGUUUUCGAUUGAACGGUUUGAAAUUCCAUCACUGUGGAUUUUCACAUUCAAACUAAUAUCAAGUACUCUAGUUUUUGUUC